AUGGCGAUUCGAAUGCGCAUGUCGGUCCACGGCCGCACCAACUACCGCAUCUUCCACAUCAACGUCGUCGAGGGCACCCGCAAACGUGACGCCAAACCCACCGAGCUGCUGGGCGUGUACGACCCCCAUGUGCCAGAAGGCAGUUUGGAGAAUGUGAAGAAUGUGCAGUGGAGUGUGGAUAGGAUUCGGUAUUGGUUGAGUGUGGGUGCUAAACCUAGUCGGCCGGUUUUGAAGUUGUUGGAGUUGGGAGGUAUUCUGCAACCUGGUUCGCCAUACCACCCCAAGCCGCAGAGGAGUGUGAAGAAGCCGUCGACAUCAUCGUCACCAACACUCGAGGCUGUCAAGCAAGCCCAGGCCGCCAAAGAAUCAUCAUAG